CUUGACCAAUCAGCGCCGAGCUGCCUGCCCUGCCAGUGGACCGUAGCAUUCGGGAAAAGCUGUGGUCAAAACAGAUGUUUUGUUUCAAAUUCUUGGCUUUUUAGGCGACAAAUUUGAACCGGAGAGAUGGAGGAGGGAAGUGUAGAGAGCCUGGCGGAGGUGUUCCGAUGUUUCAUCUGUAUGGAGAAGUUGCGGGACGCCCGCCUGUGUCCUCACUGCUCCAAACUCUGCUGCUUCAUGUGUAUCAGGCGAUGGCUUACUGAGCAGAGGUCACAGUGCCCACACUGCAGAGCGUCGUUACAGCUGCAUGAGCUGGUGAACUGUCGCUGGGCUGAGGAGGUGACUCAGCAGCUGGACACCCUGCAGAUGUGUGGGAUGGGCGCUAAACACAGCGACGACGACAGGGACAAGUGUGAGGUACACCAGGAGAAGCUGAGUGUGUUCUGUUGGACCUGUAGGAAGUGUAUCUGUCACCAGUGUGCUCUGUGGGGAGGCACGGUUUGUACUGAUAUGCAUGGCGGGCACACCUUCAAGCCCCUGGAUGAGGUGUAUGAACAGCAUGUGGGAAACAUCAACGAGGAGGUGGCAGCUCUGAGGAGAAGGCUGAUGGAGCUCAUUAGUCUGGUACAGGAAGUGGAAAGAAACGUGGACAGUGUACGACAAGCGAAGGACGAGCGUGUUCGGGAGAUCCGUAACGCUGUGGAAAUGAUGAUAGCCAGGCUAGACGCACAACUCAAGAGUAAACUCAUCACACUCAUGGGUCAAAAGAACUCUCUAACCCAGGAGACUGAGCUGCUAGAGUCCCUGCUGCAGGAAGUGGAACACCAGCUGAGGUCCUGUAGUAAGAGUGAGCUGAUAGCCAAGAGUACGGAGCUGCUACAGAUGUUUACCCAGGUGCACAGAAAGCCUAUGGCGUCCUUCGUCACAGCACCUGUACCUGCUGACUUCACCAGUGAACUGGUGCCCCCGUAUGAUGCCAGUACUUUUGUCAUUCAGACCUUUAGUGUGUUACAACAGAGAGCUGACCCAGUCUACAGUCCACCCUUACAUGUCAACGGACUCAGCUGGAGACUCAAAGUCUAUCCUGAUGGCAAUGGUGUGGUGAGAGCGAACUACCUGUCAGUAUUUCUGGAGCUGUCAGCAGGACUGCCCGAGACAUCAAAAUACGAGUACAGAGUAGAGAUGCUGAACCAGUCCUCCCCAGACUCCAGUAAGAACAUUGUCAGGGAGUUUGCCUCAGAUUUUGAAGUGGGUGAAUGCUGGGGCUACAACAGAUUUUUCCGUCUGGACCUGUUGGCGAGCGAGGGUUAUCACGACAUCCCAUCAGACACUCUGGUACUUCGCUUCCAAGUCAGACCCCCCACAUUCUACCAGAAGUGCAGGGACCAGCAAUGGCACAUUCGACAACUGGAGUCUGCUCAGGCCGGAUAUGUUGCAACUGUCAAUGAUUUAAAAGAGAGACUAGCAAUAGAACUGUCCCGGAACCAGAGAGGGUCAUCAGGGAAAGUCGGCAAGGGGUCAGCAGAAGUGGCCACCACAGAAGCAGACAACAGAAUGACCUUCAUCGAGAGUCAGCGAGGAGACAACCCGUCUCCCGUUCACCCCAUCCUCAAACCCCGCGCCAAGCGCGUAGACUCCGUCCCCAUGGACCUCUGUACCACCGAGGCCGCCUUUGACGACGACAUCGAAGAAGGUCCGCUGGUGAAGCGCCCGUUCAAGAGAAAGGGGCCGCAAGGCUCGGACAUGGACAUCGAGAGUCUGGAAGUAGGGAACAGACAAGAGGCCGCAGAUGCUCAGGAAAGAGAGGACAGCACAGAAGAAACACAGGAGGCAAGUGAAGGUGACCUUGACGACACCACCCAUGACGAGGCAGAUGAGGAAGAGCAGUCGGAGUCCAGUAACGAUGAACGUGACGUGGAUGAAGAAACCAUGUCAGCGGACAUUGAUGUUGAGAACUGGCAGGGUUACGACAUGGAAGAUGGAGAGAUGGAGGGAGCCGUGGGCUUCUCCCUGGACCAGGGGAGAGACAGAAGGAGAGAGCAGGAGAGUGACGAGGUGCGACUGCUGCGUCUCCUGGAGCUGAAGGACAAGAGUUCCACCGACAAGUGGCUGUUUCCAUCCAGACCCAGCGCUUUGCUGAAGAACGAAGAACUCUUCGCCGACCCAGGAAACUCCCGGCGGUUUCGGGAGAGGCGGAAGGACAAGCUGCGGUACCACACGGCGCCGUCCCUCAGCAGCAGAGUCUUCGACACCCUGAACAUCCAGCUGCCGGAGGUGACUCUGGGGAACUCUGGGAACACAGCCUGUAGGGAGUACAGCACUGUACACAUUACUGUGGGCACGGAGGCUCCCAGCACUGUUAGCACUGACAAGGUUGCAAAGAGAGCCGUGUCCACAGGGCAAACUGCGCGUAGUGCGGCCAGCAUCACCCUGCGGAAGUACAGCAGUGUCGGCUACAGCUACCAGAAAAACUCCCACACAUCAGGGACGUCCAGCGGGCCUCGAGUCAACCGUACAGACGCCACAGAGGACCAGGCUGAGAUUGUCCCAGACCAGGAUGACAUAGACAGCAGCAGCAGCAGCAGCAGUAGUUCCAGUAGCAGGGCCAGCACACCCAACCCUAACACCUCUCUGGAGGAGUACCCACUGGUGGACCUGACAGAAGCGCCCUCUAGCUCUGCCAUGAGUUCUGCACGGCUGAUGGCUCGUCUCAGCUCCCUGUCGGAGUCUGACCAGAACCGGACUGAGCCGUGCACCUCUCCCAGACAGGCAGACGGGGGAGUCACUCCAGGGAAGGAAGGCAGUCUGAAGUGGACGUCUCAGCUCCUGUCAGAACUUGGGAAACCUGUUGGUGAGGACUCCAGUCCUGUGGGGGCCGGACCUGAACAGGGGGCAGGGGACCACUCUCACAGCAGGACUACACAACAGGACCCAGCAUGCUUCAGUACCAACAGCAGUGUGGAGCUGGAAGAGGGGCCUGAUGGGAUAUCUAUACACCAGAGCCCCCAGGGGGAUCAUGGGAACUACAUACGGUCCAGGUCAACGGAGGUCAUCACCCAGAUAGCCAGUGGUGGGAACAGUCCGUCCUCAGACUACCCAAGAGACUCUACAACAGACAGAUCCUAUGACACAGAGUCUGCUGUUUAACAAGCCGAAUGCUGCAAGCCUUAACCUCUUCUUGGGGAUCUUCUAUCACAACAUUUGUUACCACUUUGACAGAAUCUUUAUGUUGUCAGUAGAAAAUCACAGUGAACAUCUAAACACAAAUGUAGAGUCUUUAUGUCCGUAUACUAUACGACUACAAGCUCACCACCAUAAUGCAGUAGUACAUGAAUGUACGUAAACUGUGCUAAGUUAGAUAGGUGGGAAGUUUGACAGCCAAACCUUGAGCUCACUGUAAAGAAAGAGACAUAUUAUGUAGAAAUGGAUUGUUAGUUGCACCACGUCAAGGCCUUUUCCUCCUAUAGUGUUUACACACGUUUAACGUUUUAUUAUACUGUGUAUGGAAUUGUACAGAUCUCAAUGUGUCAUUGGCAAGCAAGGAAACCUGACACUGCUCUAUGUGCAAAUUGGCAUUUUGUUGUAACAACUGCCUUGUAAAGAUGUGAUGAAAAGCAAGAAAAACGGGUUUUUAAAGUCCACUGUUUUCUAUAGAUGUCAGAAAUACAGUAGUAACUGAUACUCGAAGUUAUGCUUGCUCGAAAAAAUGAAGAUCUCACUGCCAUUCUUAGAUUAAGGAUCUACAUGUAUGUAAGAUUUCCACCUUUUGGCCACUCAAACCAAAGUUAUGUUACUGCACUGUUCAGCAAAAUUCAAAUGUAUCUGUAUUCUUACUUCAGUCAUGCUGUUUUUAACUGGCUAAGAAUACGUUAUGUACUAUGUAAGAUUGUACGUGUUGCCUUGUAACUUGAAUAUGUUAAAUAAAGUAUGUUGCACUUA